AUGUUCCCAUUCCAGCUCCUCAAUAGAUCAAUAUCAAGUGUAGUACGCAAUAGCGUGCUGAGACCCCUACCUAUGAUGGCAGCCACUAAGCCAUUGAUGGCCCCAAGGAUGCUAUUACUAUUCAACCGUGGGUUUAAAGUCAGAACAUCUGUGAAGAAGAUGUGCAGUGAUUGUUAUAUUGUAAGAAGAAAAGGUAGAGUGUAUGUCUACUGUAAGUCCAACAAGAAGCAUAAACAACGCCAAGGAUAA